AUGGUAGAUGGGGAUCUAUAUCGGCACGGCACGGACGGGGUCCUUCUCCGGUGCAUCACUCGGGAAGAAGGCGGCAAGCUACUCGCCGACAUCCACGAAGUUAGGGGUUAUGAGUGGUUGUACGUGGCGAUCGACAAGUUUACAAAGUGGCCAGAAGUAACCGCGGUCAUCAAGGCCAACAAGAAUUCUGUGCUCAAGUUCAUCAAAGACCUGGUAGCCCAGGUCGGGGUCACAAAUCGGAUAAUUACCGAUAACGGGACCCAGUUCAUGAGUAACCUUUUUGGGGACUACUGCGACGACAUGGGUAUCAAGCUGUGCUUUGCGUCGGUCACCCACCCUCGCAGCAACGGGCAGGCCGAGCAAGUCAACACAGAGGUCCUCAAAGGGUUAAAGACUAGAACCUACAAUGAGCUCAAGAAGAAUGGCACCGGCUGGAUGGAGGAGCUACCGGCGGUAGUCUAG